AUAUCUAAUCGUAACGUCGGAUGAUGUAUAUAGUUAUAUUUUUAGGUUAUCUUAAAAUAUAACUAUAUACCUUUAUUGUAUUCUCGUAAACAGUCUACUGUAUAAAGUUACAGAUUUGACAUGUUGAAAGUUAUAUUUUGGUUAAAAUAAAAACUCGGUGAUAAUGUUCUGUAAUUAUUAAUACCAAGUAUUUAAUCAAAGAUUAAUGAUUCAUAAACCUACGGAUGAUGAGGUGCCUCCCUAACAGCUGAAAAAAAAAAUAAUGCAGUCGCUAGGUUUAAUACCAAGGUUCUCCAAGUUAGCACUUAAUAAUGAAAAGGAAUUGAUUUUGAAAGUGCCAUGGGGUAAAUUGACAGCUUUGUGCUGGGGCGAGCCUUCAGACCCGCCUGUAUUUCUAUGCCAAGGUCGCCUGGAUUCUUGCUCAUCUUUCCGUCCCCUGGUACAGCGUCUGCCUUCUCAAUACUUUUACGUGAGCGUCGAUCUACCUGGUAACGGUAAAUCAGACCAUUAUCCAAGAAGCGGUGCACUCCAUGUGAUCGACUUCGUGCCCCCUAUUGAGAAGAUUAUAGACCAUUUCAAAUGGAAUAAAUUCACUUGGGUUGGGCAUUCGCUGGGUGCAGCAAUUGGGAAAGUUCUGAAUCAACUCCAACCGGGUCAAAUUACUCGAAUGGUCGAUGUGGAUCCUGAGCCAGCAUACUUACCCAGAUUGAAUGAUCUGUCCUUUUGGUACAAGGACUACUGUUCAGUGAAAUUUUGCGGUGCCGAUGAUCACUACAAGCUGAAACUUGGACCAGAGACCGCGCCUAAGUAUACAUAUGAGGAUGUUCGCAAUAAAAUGAUGAAAGCUAGAGGGGCAAGUGAACAUAUAGUUGAGCAUGUAUUGGAACGAUGUUUAGAGCAAACUGACGAUGGGUUAUACAGGUUAACGUUUGACCAGCGUUUUAAAUUCCUGUUGCUCCCUACAUUUCUAUACGAUAGCCUCCAUGAAUUCUAUACAUCACCUAAAACACCGACUCUGGGUAUUUUUGCAACAGAAAGCAUUGCAAGAAACUGUUAUAAAGCGUUUCCGUUCGCUUUGGAUGAUAAAGCUUGGAGACACGGAAAUUAUAGACAUAUCGUGUUGGAAGGAGGUCAUGAUCUUCACCUGCAGAAACCUGAAGACCUGGCUGAGCACAUUGCAACAUUUUUGAAAGAUAAUCCUGAAAAAAUUGUAGCCAAAUAAAACGAAAUUUAACGUUAUUCUAUUGUCACCAUUUAUCAUGUAUACUUUGACAUAAUAAAUACUCUUUUGUUGAUAGAAUUAAAACAAAGUUUGUCAGGAUUAAAACUAAAUAUAGUCUAGUUUGUGCCAAUAGGAUUACCACCAUUGUUGUAAUUAGCGC